AAAUUUUGACAGUUGCACUGACAACAGAACAGCUGAUAAAACGCGAUUGUCCGACGAAAUUCUUUAUUCUGGGGUGCGAGGAUUAAAGUUAAUUUGCCGAGUAUUUGAGGUCACUGUUUGAUCCGGUAAGCAUGGCACGAUACAUUGGGUUGGAUAAACUGGGCAAACUUUUUAUGUACAUUCGUGAAAACGGCGGAAUUCGUGCCAGUUUGGGAAAAUUAUACAGAAUGGAUGAAAUGAAAACCGGAAGAUUGGUAGGUCAAGAUAAGUAUGGAAACAAAUACUAUGAAGAUCCAUCACAGUUCUACGGUCGCAAUCGAUGGGUUGAGUAUGCGGCCCAUUUCAAUAUGGAAUAUGACGCCUCUCAAAUUCCGGCCGAUUGGUACGGAUGGAUGCACUACAAGACUGAUCUACCACCAAAUCGCGACGGAUCACGUCCUCAAUAUUCGUGGAUGGUAGAUCAUAGUGCAAACGUUUCUGGAACUAAAUAUUCAUACAUGCCGUAUUCGACUACAAAACCCAAGGUUGAGGCGUGGGACCCUAAAAAACCAGCUGUCAAACUUGAUUAAAUUUUAAAUUUCAAGAAAAGUGAAAAGUACUCCUUAGAAAUGUUAUUAAUUGUAUACAAAAGAACAUUUUCAUGGUUCAA